CCGGAAGGGGCUGGUUGAGCGCAGCGUGCACUGGACCUCCGCGCCCUCCGCGCAGGUGACCAGGCAUUGAUGCUCCCCCAGGAAGGCCACACGCUCAAGGAGGCCGCCCCCGCUGGCUGCUGCUCACAUGGUGUCUGGGCCCCUGGCACUCCGGUGGUGCGUGUGGGCAGGGCGCGGGGACAUGGGGCCCGACAUGGAGCUGCCCAGCCACUCGAAGCAGCUCCUGCUGCAGCUGAACCAGCAGAGGACCAAGGGCUUCCUGUGUGACGUCAUCAUCAUGGUGGAAAACUCCAUCUUCCGGGCCCACAAGAACGUCCUGGCCGCCAGCAGCAUCUACUUCAAGUCCCUGGUCCUGCAUGACAACCUCAUCAACCUGGACACAGACAUGGUCAGCUCCACGGUGUUCCAGCAGAUCCUGGACUUCAUCUAUACGGGCAAGCUGCUGCCCAGUGACCAGCCGGCUGAGCCCAACUUCAGCACCCUCCUCACUGCCGCCAGCUACCUCCAGCUGCCCGAGUUGGCAGCCCUCUGCCGCCGCAAACUCAAGCGGGCCGGUAAGCCCUUCGGCUCUGGGAGGGUCGGGGCCACUGGCAUGGGGCGGCCUCCCCGCAGCCAGCGGCUAUCCUCGGCCUCCGUCAUCCAGGCUCGGUAUCCUGGGCUCGUGGACGGCCGCAAGGGGGCCCACGCCCCCCAGGAGCUUCCCCAGGCCAAAGGUUCAGAUGAAGAGCUCUUCCUGGGUGGCUCUAACCAGGAGAGCGUGCACGGCCCGGGCCUGGCUGUCUGCCCAGCCGGCAGGGAAGCAGGCCUUGGGGGCUGCAGCAGCAGCACCAAUGGGAGCAGUGGGGGCUGUGAGCAGGAGCUGGGCCUGGACCUGUCCAAGAAAAGCCCACCUCUGCCUCCCGCCACCCCCGGGCCCCACCUCACCCCUGAUGACCCGGCCCAGCUGAGCGACAGUCAGCACGGCUCGCCCCCCUCGGCCUCCGCCCCUCCCGUUGCCAACAGUGCCUCUUACGCCGAGCUGGGGGGCACCCCCGAUGAGCCCAUGGAUCUGGAGGGGGCUGAGGACAGCCACCUCAGCCUGCUGGAGGGGCCUGGUGGGCAGCCUCGGAAGAGCCUCUGGCACUCAGCCCGCAAGAAGGAGUGGAGCAAGAAGGAGCCUGCGGCUGGCUCCCCCUUUGAGCGGAGAGAAGUGGGGCCCAAGGGCCCCUGCCCAGGGGAGGAGGGCGAGGGGCUCGGGGACAGGGUUCCCAAUGGCAUCCUGGCCAGCGGGGGUGGCCCCAGUGGGACCUAUGGGGAGCCCCCGUACCCCUGCAAGGAGGAGGAGGAGAACGGCAAGGAUGGCAGUGAGGACAGCGGGCAGAGCGGGAGCGAGGGGGGCAGCGGCCAUGCCGGCGCCCACUACCUCUUCCUGCAGGAGGGCUACGAGACAGUGCCCUACGGGGACAACCUGUACGUGUGCAUCCCCUGUGCCAAGGGCUUCCCUAGCUCCGAGCAGCUCAACGCGCACGUGGAGACGCACACGGAGGAGGAGCUGUUCAUCAAGGAGGAGGGUGCCUACGAGACUGGCAGCGGGGGUGCCGAGGAGGAAGCUGAGGACCUCUCGGCGUCCAGUGCAGCCUACGCGGCCGAGCCCCGGCCCUUCAAGUGCUCGGUCUGUGAGAAGACCUACAAGGACCCGGCCACGAUGCGGCAGCACGAGAAGACACACUGGCUGAUGAGGCCCUUCCCCUGCAACGUCUGCGGCAAGAUGUUCACGCAGCGCGGCACCAUGACGCGCCACAUGCGGAGCCACCUGGGCCUGAAGCCCUUCGCCUGUGACGAGUGCGGCAUGCGCUUCACACGCCAGUACCGCCUCACUGAGCACAUGCGAGUGCACUCGGGUGAGAAGCCCUAUGAGUGCCAGCUCUGCGGGGGCAAGUUCACCCAGCACCGCAACCUCAUCAGCCACCUGCGCAUGCACACCUCCCCCUCCUAGAAGCCAAAGACCCGCGGGCGCCCUCUGCAGCCUCGCCCCUCGGGAACCCUCGCGAGGAGGCGCACAGAGGCCUGGCGGGAGGAGCGGGGCCCCUGGGUCCAGCAGGGGCUUGCGGCGGCCCCUCCAGCCCGGCCUGCCGACACCCAGAGCUUUAAUCGACAGUCUGUACCAAGUGAAGCCGAGAGGAGGGAAGCCAGCGGGCCCGGCCCGACUACCUCCCCAUCCCACCCAGGCCCCCGCCUCCCGCCAGGGCUGCUGCAGGGCCUGUGGGCGUGGGUCACGUGGGUUUCUGGGACCUGGUCCCUUUGCUGCAGGCCGGCUUGGAGGAAGGGUAGCGAGGCCGUCCGAGCUGGCGAGGGGCAGGGCUGCCCGCGGCCGGGGCUGCGUCUGUGUGCGUGUACGUGUGCUUGUAUUGUGUCUGUGUGUGGGCGCGUGCGACCCUGGCUCUGUGGGGAGCAGGUGCUGGGGGGGCACAUCCUGCCCCCAUUGGGGCGGGGCAGCGCUGCUCGCUGGCGCUGGGACAGUCAGGGUGACCCCACCGCCUACCUCUCUACAACUAAAGAGCCCCCCGGGCCUGUGUUGCUGUUAUUCCUACUGAUCUGUUCGUUUUUUUUCCUUUUUGAUUCUUGUUUUUUAAACCAAAACAAACAAUAGUUUAUUUUCUUCCCGGCUCCUCUGGAGCUGAGCCUGGCUCUGCAGACUGAAUGUAACGGGGUAGCCGUGCCUCCGCGCGCCCCCUGGUCCUGGGGCCCUGGGCGCUCGGCGAGCCGCCUCUCCAGGCCCCAGAAGCCCUUCUUGCCCAAAGGCUUCCCUGGUCCCCGAGCCCUGCCUCGGCUGCCUCAAGAGGGAGAGUGCUUUUCCUGCAGUUUCCAAGGAAUACUCUUUGUUUAGAGGUACUUGCUUUUUGUUAAGAGAAAAACCAGUGUAACGUUUCUGUGACUGUUUGAACUGGAAGGUCUGGGGUUCCGGGGGGCGGGGCCUCGGCCCUCGUUCCCUUUCCGCGUGCGUGCGUGCUUGCGUGCGUGCGCCCGCCGUACGCCGUAUGCCUGGACAGAUGUUUCGCUUUCCCUCCUUCCUCACUGAACAAGGUGGAGAGACUUCUGACCUUUUUGCUACCUCUUGAAUUCAUGACAACAACGUUGGUGACUGGCACUUGAGGCCUCGACACUUUUGUUUUCCUGCCGUUCGCCUGCCCAGGAAGCCACGUGUCGAGCGGGCUGGCCUGGGUGGCCCUCCUGGGCCCCAGCACCCUGAGGGACGCCGGCAGCUCACUUGGCCAUUUUCCCUGUGAGUGUCUGGGCACAGGUGAGGGGUGUGAGCCCCCUGACAUGGGGCCAGGUGCCAGGCACUGAGGACAGGGAGGGGGCAGCUGUUUACCGCUCCCUGCCAGGGCCAGGAUGAGGUGGAAGUGAGCCCCCCCCAUCCUGCCCACCCCCCCCAUGCCUGCAAGAGGUUGAGCUUGGGAGGGCCUCAGGCCCAGCCUGGUCAGUGAGAGGUGGGGAGGAGCCACCUAGGGCCACAUACCAUCUGGGGAGCGGGGUUGGCACCUCUCUGAGCAGUCCUGGCCCUUGGUCACUCUGGCGAGAGGCUGGGCACCACCUGUGGGCUCAGGGUCCACCCCCCCCCCCACCUUGGCCUCUCUCAGCCAGCCUCUCUCACCUCUGUGGGCCCUGAUCCGGGCUCACAAGGCCAGACCGAAGUCGCCGCGUUUGGUCCUGCUGUCCUCGGCCAACUGGAGCCCCGGGGCUGGGCCAGCAGGCUUUAUCCUCUUCAUUUUGCCUCAUGUUUUCUUUUGUUUUUCAUUCUAUUUUAAGUUUAGACCAAAAAAUUCCAGUCAUCCCCUAAGAGACCCCUCCAAGAGACCCUCCAGCUGAAAACAGAGCCUGAGUUCAGGGACCCGAGUGGUGAGCGGCGUGUUUUGGGAGUGAGGGAGCUCAGGCCAUACUAGGGCUCCUGGCUGAGCCCCCCCAUGUGGCGACCCCAGCCCCGAGGUGGCCCCUCUUCCCUUUGGGUGGGAAACGGAGAGCUGGACCCUGGGUCUCGAGUUCCAGCAAGUCAGGCUGGGACCUGGCGGAGGAGACCGGGGCCUGCACCCCCUCAGUGAGGGGGCAGGGUGCUCCAGGCCUCUGCUGUCCUGACCCCACCCCACUCUGUCAGCACUUAAGCCACACGACACAAAGUCUGUACCGCGCGGGAACUGUACACACGCCCGGCCGCGUGCGUGGCCUCCCGGGCGUGGGCAGCCGCAUCUGUGAGGUGACUCGUGAAAGUAGGUGAUUCCUUUGCAGAACUUCAGGGACUGGGAGCAAAGGCCCCCUCACUCAACGACGUUUGUGCGACAUAGUAUUGUACCCACCUUAGUAUUGUAUGGAGCCUUUUCUGUAUUUUAAUGAGAAAGCAAAACACUAGUUUCCUAUUUAAGAUUUUAAGGGUUUGUGGGGUGGGGUGGGGUUAACGCAACACUUGGUUUGUUUUCUUUUCCUUUGAUUCCAUGUCGAGUGUGUGCUUGUGAGUGUGUGUGUGCAGAUGUUAGGAGCCUCACGAGAAAACUGGACCCUGAGUCCAAGGCGGCUUACAGUUCUCUGCUUUAGUCACUUAAUUCCUGAAUGUUUCGGAGAAACAGGAAACAGAAAAUAGCAGAUGUCAUGUAGGAAAGAGGAUAAAGAAAGAAAGAAAAAAAAGCUCAUACCCAAAUUCACAAAACUUAUUUUUUAAACCAAAGCACAUUUUGAAUGAGCAUGGAACCUCAGUGGGCUCAGAAAAAGAUACUAAUAUAUUUAUCUCAUUGUUUACAUAAGCUUUUACAGUCUCAGACCUCAGCAGCUGUAAGGCCAGUCCCAGGGAAGCCUCGACUUCCGCUGGGCCCUUCUGCGUCGCCUUGGAGCGGCUCGCGGGCAGAGGCAGCCCUGGGGGCCGGGGAAGGGGCUGGAAGCCUCUCUGGGUUCACCUGAGCCCUUGUCCCCAUUCCUGGGGCCUCCCCAAGCCCAGCUGGCACCAAAGAGCGUGGGCCCGUGCUGACCAGCCCCCAAGGCCUCCUGGCUGGACCGUGGCGGUCCUGGCCAGCUGGGUCCUGGGGGUGGCCGUCAGUUCUGGCCACAGGACCCGAGUCUGGGCUUGGGUCCCCUGCUGCUCUGCCCGUGACCCUCGGGGUGGGUUGAUGUGAAGGUCCCACUCAAGCCAAAAAGCCGGGACCUUUGCACAGCUCAGGCGACUCUGGUGGGUCCCCAUACCUGGGGGACCCCCCAUCCCCAACCCCACCCCAGGCAGCGGAAGGGGCUGACUGGGCCUGGUUCUUACCAACACAGACGGUGCAAACACUCUUAACAGUGUUGUUUUUGUAUCAAUAUGUUUGUGCAGUGAUGAAUGUAUUUAUUUCUCAGACUUGGGGCGAGUGAGCGGCAGGCUGGGCUCCGCCACCGCACGCUCCCACCCGACCGAGCCCUGGCAAGGGCUCCUCCAGGAUUGCAAAAAAGGAAAAAAAGAAAAGAACCUUUAAGCAAAUAAGAAUCUCAGAGACUCACAGCAUAGCCAUACACCUCAGCCUGUGAAACGAACAAUCCGGACCCGGCUGACCUCCCGGCCUCACGCAGCCGUGUGUUUCCCGUUCAUCACCACUUGGGGGCGCUGGGCCACCCACCUGCUCCCCCACCUGUCAGUAUUCACUGGUGCUCGGCCUGUGCAGGAGUGCGAUCGGGGCUGGGCCAGGGGCAGGCAGACCCCACCUGCCCCCGCGCCGUCCUGAGUGGGGCGGGGCCUGGGCAGCCUCGGGGCCGGGCUCAGGGAGUGGGAGGCUGCAUCCGUCCAGCCCCCAGGCUUGGGGGACAAAAGCCAAAGGCGCCAGGCCUUAGAAGAGCAGGCAAGGGCUCUCUCUGCCCUGCCAUGCCCCCCAAAGGGACCAGGGUCCUCCUAUUCCCCAGAAUCGUGUUGGGGCAGACCUUGAACCUGUGAAUCAGAUGCCGGGAGUUAGGGGAUGGGGGCACCUAACUGGAGCCUCAGUCUGACAUUCCAAGCUGGGCGUGGGUGUGUGGGAAUCGAGGCUGCCCUGACCCCCUUCUCGGAAGCCCCAGCUUCAGUUACCCCACUUUAAUUUUCUACCGGGAACCCCUCCCCCUACCUCACCUUGCUAUUUAUUGCUGAAAUUUAUUGACCUCAAAAAUGCUGCAUAACAGACCUCACUUGGGGCAGGGAGGAUCCCCAGGGCUCCCCCCUCCACUUGGCGGGACCCCGUGGGGCCAGGUGCUGAGGGGAGCCUCUCUGUCCCCAACCCACACUUCCUCCCCGCUCCCCGGGGUGGGGGGGGGCCCAGGUUGGGCACUGGCUCAUUCUUGCAAAUACCUCGAGGGGGAGGGGGAGGGAGGGAUUAUAGUUGUUUUGUUUAAUUGGAACUGGAAGAGGGAUCAUGUCCUAUUUUAUGCCCUUCCCAGAAAAGGGAAGGGAUAUCAGGAUCGCACUCCUGCACUGGCCACUGCCACUGUCACUCGUCACACUGAGUUCACGUCCCUUGAGAGUUUGGAUAAAUUCAGGUCAGAGCUGCAGGCACGCAGCCGUCCAGUGUCAGAAAAGCGAUUCACCGGUGACUGAUCUCUCCGUUCAGAAGCGUGCAGUCUUAAUGUACAGUGAUGAGAAACUGUUAUUUUAUGAUCUUUUAAUUAAAAGCUUGGUUGAAAA